GUAAUGUGAAUUUGGAAAAGGUGAGUUUGUUCUGUGAAUGGAAUUGAAAUCUUUAAUCAUCCUGGUUAUUGCAUUGUUAAUUUAUUUAGUGUAAUAUUUGAAAAUAUUCUUGUACUUGUCGGAAUGCUAUAAGAGAUGCUAGUUGUGUGAGCCCCUAGUUGAGCAUGGGGGCCUACAAGUACGUGCAGGAGCUGUACCGCAAGAAGCAGAGCGAUGUGCUGCGGUUCCUGCUGCGCAUCAGGUGCUGGCAGUACCGCCAGCUCACCAAGAUGCACCGUGCGCCGCGGCCGUCCCGCCCCGACAAGGCGCGCCGCCUGGGCUACCGCGCCAAGCAAGGGUACGUGAUCUACCGCAUCCGGGUGCGCCGUGGGGGCAGGAAGCGCCCCGUGCCCAAGGGGGCGACCUACGGCAAGCCCAAGAGCCACGGCGUGAACCAGCUGAAGCCCACACGGAACCUGCAGUCCAUAGCGGAGGAGCGUGUCGGCAGGCGUUGUGGGGGCCUGCGUGUGCUCAACUCCUAUUGGGUGGCCCAGGACUCCACCUACAAGUACUUCGAAGUGAUUCUGGUUGACAUCUUCCAUAAGGCCAUCAGGAGGGACCCGAAGGCCAACUGGAUCUGCAACGCGGUGCACAAGCACCGGGAGCUGCGCGGCAAGACCUCGGCCGGCCGCAAGUCGCGCGGCCUGGGCAAGGGCCACCGCUACAGCCAGACCGUCGGCGGCUCGCGCCGCGCCAACUGGCGCAGGAGGAACUCCCUGCAGCUGCGCAGGAAGCGCUAGAGCCACACCUGUUCAUCCGCGUGGGGAGAAUAAAUUUAUAUCAACAAUCUA